UGUGUCCAAGUUCACAUGUUCUACGUCUACAUUAUGUACAAGUUGGUUUUGCCCGAUAGUUUUGUUCAACAAGAAAAUUCUGAACAGUUCAACGCUACAGAGACGAGUGAAGCAUGCCAGUCAACAUGCCAUGUAAGGGAGCAGGAUGCCACAAAUGCCAUGAGCACAGGUCACCGCAGCGAGCACAUUUCAACCAUGGCGAAGGCUUUAUGUGUACUAGUGGCGGUCGCGGCGGCGGCGUCGGCCGUCCACGUGUCGUACGUGGCGCCGGUGGCCAGCGGGUACAUCUACAGGAGCGACAACGGCGGUCCAGCCAGCCUCAUCCAGCUGGGCGCGCAGCAGUACCACCAGCCUGCGGCCUUCGCGCCGCCGCUCCCCGUGGCGCAGCCUCUCGCCCUGCCGCUACCCGAGCCCGAGGUCUACAACCUGGCCGCCACUCCUCUCACUUUCCACGGCGAAGCUGUACCCCUCGAGAAGCACAUCGUCGAACAAGACGACGACGACGACGAUAGUGACGACGAGGAACCCGCCGAUCCGGAACUGUACGGAGAAUUAAUAGAUCUCGGAUCCGGCCACGGCCACGGCCACAUUCAUGAGAAGGGGGCCGGCAGUGACUACGAAGAGGAACACCACGCCGCUCACGGCGAGAAGGGCAGCAAGGGAUACAGCUCCAAAGACCACCACGCCUCGGGCAAAUCCGGCCACUACGGCAAGGAACAUAAGGAGGGCCACUACGGCGAAUCCGAAGGAGAGGAAGCCGCCCACCACGACGAGGCGGACGCGCACGGCAAGCACCACGAGGCUGGCUCCAGCCACGAAGGGGGCGACCACGGCCACAAGAAGCACUUCAGCAAGGGCGAGGACGUGACCGGCUACCACAAGGUGUUCCACAAGGACGAGUUCAAGAAGGACCACGACUUCUACGACGUCGCCGACAACAACGGCCACUUCAACAAGUACGGCAACGAGAAGGGCCACCACGGCUCUGAAGAGGGAGGCCACAAGGAGGGUGGAGCCCACGAUGCUGGUUACGACAAGAGUGAGUUUGGAAAGGCAGGGUUCCACGCUAAAGGGCAUCACGAUGAAAGCGACGACAGCCACUCUGCUGAGGAGGGCAAGGAGAGCCACUACAGCCACAGCGCGGAGCACGGAAAGAACGGCAGCAGCGAGGACGGGAAGGAAUACCACUUCGUUGAUGAUGAUGAUGAGGAUGAGGAUGACCUCGAAUAAACAAUGCAAACGAUAAUGUAAAUAUUUGUUAACUAAUUGUCCGUUUAAAUUGUUAUGUUUGUACGAACGAAUGAUGCUGUAAAUAUUUUUUGUAACGCUGAUAUAAACAAUUGAAAACUUA